AAUUCAAAUACAUGAGCAUCGUACCAUGACUGGAUUUGAUUCGAGCUGAACGCAGUUACCGAAAUUAAUCGGAUCCACUAGGCGUCGACCAUGAAGAUAAUCAUUUCUACAAUAACUUGGCUGCUUUUCGUCAUCGCUUCUUGUACCUCGGCCAGCAAAAGGUGCAAAAUCAUAACGACCGAUGAUAAUAGAAACAGCGUAUACUCUUGCGUCCGGGCAACUUUCGACGAUGUACUUGACGUUCCUGACGAUGUAGAAUGGUUACAAUUUUCCAUCUCAAAGUUUCCUCAACUUCCGGACAAAGCGUUCUCCAGGUUAGCCCUUCGCGGGUUAUCUUUCUAUAACUGCGAUAUCGGGCAUAUUCACCCCAAUGCGUUCGAGGGUCUUCGAAGCCUGGAACAAUUGACCUUUUACAGAUCCAAUAUUCACGUUCUCAAAACUUCGUGGUUUGAAACGUUGAACAGCUUGACCCACCUUUUCUUGAACCGAAACGACAUGGUGUACAUCGAGCCCAAUGUAUUCUCGUUAAUCCCCAAGCUCCAGUACUUGAACAUCGAGGAUAACAACCUUAACUGUAUAUCGACGAAAGUUCUCGAUUCUUUAGGAACCCUGGAACACGUCCGCCUAGGCAAAAAUCCUUGGCUAUGCAGUUGUUAUGCGGAGCUCUUGGAAUGGAUGAAUGGGAGAGGCAUCAAUUACGGAUUGAGAAACUUGAUAAGAGAGAGAUUGGAGUGCAUGAUCGAAGAUGUAGAUGCAGUUACAGAGUACUCGCUACCGAUCUACAAGACAUUUAGAAACAUUUCAGUCUCAGAAAAUGGAUAUAUCGAAAUGAGCUUAGCGAAGUCUGUUCGUUGCGUUGGAAAAAACCUUGCAGCUCUACAUCAGAUGCCAGAUAACGCGAUAGCAAUCAGUUUCACAGACUCACAAAUAUACAAACUACCAGGAUACGCGUUCUUCAGAUUCGGAAACAGUUUAAGGAGCUUGUUCCUCACGAAUUGCAGCAUUAGCGAGAUCCAUCCAGAAGCAUUCGUGGGCUUAUCGAGGUUGAAGAUACUGUACAUAAUCAACAAUAGUAUCACCACGGUGAAGAGCGAGUGGUUCAAGGAUCUCCACAGCCUUGAGUACCUUGUCUUGUCUGGAAAUGCAAUCAAGUAUAUCGAGCCAAGCGCGUUUCUACUCCUCAGUAAACUGAAAUAUCUUACCCUAAUCAACAACAGGAUACAGUGUAUGUCUCCGUACGCUUUCGACCCGCUGAAACGCCUCACGGAAGUUGUUUUAUUGUACAAUCCUUGGAUGUGUGAGUGCCAGGAAGGACUUCGGAAGAGGUUACACGAGAAGCGGAUUAGUUAUACCGUAUCACGUGGGCCAUGCGUAGGCGGAUACGUACAAGACAGCGAUGACCUGUUUGAUCAGACGUUCGAAAGACGAGAGGUAAAAGUCAAAGGUCAGAAAACUGGACUGGCAAAAGGUUCGGAAGUAACUCUGAAGGUUGACGGUAGAAAUUGGAUGAACAAACAAACGCCAGAAGUUACGGAGGAGGAAGUUGUUCACAAUCGAAACAUCGAAAUUUCCAACUAUGAAUACUACCGUCUUCGAGCGGAAGAAGAUCUGGACGAUGCAUUGGUAUUGGAAGGAACAGACCUCAAAAGGACAUCGGCUGCAAAUGAAAUGACUGCAGAGGUCGACGAAGAAAAGGAGUGGCAUAUAACAGUGGAUCCAUCAGAAAACUCGUACAAUUUUCUCUGGAGCACAAUAUGGGUUGCUUCAUCAAUUCCUGCGGAUGCAGAGAUCAUUAGAUUUAAACGAAAUAAUAUACAAACUAUAUUCACUGGCAUUUUUGCGCGUUUUGGUGAGAACUUGAGAGUACUUGAAUUUAAAGAAUGUCCUAUACAGGAUAUUGAGCCACAAGCCUUUGACGGGCUCGUAAACCUGGAAACACUUGCCCUCUCCUAUAGUAAUAUCCAUGUGGUUAGAUCUGCUUGGUUUGAAAAUAUUCCGAAUUUGCGAAAAUUGAAUUUAACACAAAGCCCGAUUAGUGAAAUCAGUCCUGGUGUCUUUGAAAUAUUGAGAAAUCUGGAAGAGCUUGACAUUUCACACAACAAAUUAAACUGCAUUGACAUGAACGGACUCUCUCGCCUAAAAAAGUUAAAUAAAAUUCAUAUUCACGGUAACCCUUGGUCGUGUCUGUGCCUCAGAACUCUGAACGAGUGGCUAGACGAGCAGCGGAUCCAGUACGAUACUGAUUUCUCUCUCGAAGAAAUACUUUGGAAUUGCACCAAGGAAUAUCCAAAUUUAAAAACGGCCAGCGAUCAUGAUACGAACUCUAUCGACAGCAUGAGUCCUUACGCCGAAGAAAAAAUGCCGGAAACAAUGAGAGUCGAGAAUGUUCGGAGUUUCGAGAAGACCCAGGAAGAAACUUCAACCUUAGUGGGAAAUUUAAAAAUUAUUCAAGUUGAUGAUAACAGCGCAGACUUGACCGUCAUAGAACAAACAAUUAAUGAAAAUGUUUCAACACCUCCUACCGUAGAAUUAUACACUGGGGUCCCUGAGGGCCGAUGCUCGCUCGUUCAUAUGUGGCAGCGCAGAUUACCGGUUUGGGUGUGUAAGGGUGGCGAUAUUCAGAUCUUGGAACAAAUCCCAAGCGAUGCAGAGAGAAUUUGCAUCACAACCUCCGAUAUAUCCGUCGUCCCAGCCAACGCUUUUGUGCGCUUUUCAAAUUUAACAGACUUGGUUUUCGAGACCAUCAACGUUAGCGACGCGCACCCAUUGGCUUUUGCUGGCCUGAAUAAACUGAGGAGGUUGAUGUUCGUGUAUACAAAUCUAACGACAGUAAGAUCGUCCUGGUUUCACAACCUCUCCAAUCUUAGACAGCUUGAAUUACCGUAUAAUUCGAUCCUGGAAAUCGAACCUGACGUAUUUGAGUACCUGCCCAACCUCAUAACACUCAGCAUCGGGGGGAACAAGCUUAGGUGCAUUUACACGAACUCUCUUUUGUCUUCAAAACAUCUGAGCAUUGUUACAAUACAAGAAAAUCCCUGGAAAUGGAGAUGUCAUGAAGAAUUGAUAAAUUUUCUUUACGCCCGUAACAUUAUUUACGAAAUUUCCGGAACUACCGAAGGAAAACGCGCCAUAACUAAUUUCUUGGCAUCCAAUAACUUUGCGUCGAAAUAGUCACGUACUUCUCACCUCACGCAUGAUAGUCUUUAGAAGAAGAAGAAUGAAGUUAAUAUUCAAAAGCUGCGCUGCUCUAAAUUACCCAGAUUAUCACUCAAGUGAAAUACUUCACUCCACCGAAAUAAUGUAUGUAUUCACCAUAUCUGGCUACGGUAUUUAUAAAUAUAAGAGUUUAUGUUACGAUUACUCA